UCAACCGACAAAGAAACACAAACAAAGGAGUUUCAUAAAUAUGGGAAGAAAAAACAUAAUUUUAUACCUCACCCUCUUCCUUGCUUACCCCGUGAUUCUCACCAAAUGCACCUCAAAUUUAACUCUCACAUUCUAUUCUUGCUUCUUAUAUUAUUACAUCUUUAUCUUAUCCCUUCAAAAACACACUCACAGUUACCAACACGCCACAAAUUUCUGCACCCUCAUGGCCACUCUGAUGAAGCUGUUUUUUUCAUUUGCCAUUUCGGUUAUCUUGGUUUCAAAGGGUGUGAGUUCAACUACUACUGAGCCUACAAUUUCAGCUUCUCCAGGAGUUUUGCCUUAUGUGUCUGCUCCUGAUAUUUCAUCAUUUUUUCCCACUCCAAGUGGCUAUCAACCACUGAGUUAUGAUACUUCUUCUGAGGCACCAGCUCCUGCACCCUCUUCAGGGGAAUUUCAGGGCAAAAUCUCUUCUGCUUCAGCUAGGUUCCAUUCUGCUGCUCUCAUUCUUGCUGUUCUGCUAUCUUUUGCAGUCAUAAGUAGUAACAUGGUUAUUGUUUGAGUACUUACUAUAUAAUUGUCUUCUCUUCAAGGCUUUUUCACUCUUCUUCUUUUCCAUUACUCCAUCUUCUGCGAUUCCUUUCUUCCUACCUUAUUAUGUACUUUAUACAUUCACUUCUGCCCAAUUCGUUGAUUCUCAUGAACUUUGUUCCAAUUUCCUGGUGAGAUCUUGCUACAGGAAAAAUUAGUAAGAAUUUUCUGGUUUUA